CAUUCAAACUAUUCGUGGCUUCAAUUUCACCUUCUAGAUUCUUUAUUCAGUUGUUCUUUUCCUCUGUGUAGAUGUACACACAUACAGAAUAUAUAUAUACACUCGUCGUGUAUCUAUAGCUUCUUCUUUUAUCCAAUCCGAAGUCUCACAGGAAUUUUGCUAUAACUCAAUCUGGGUUUCUCAAAAGGAUUAAGGCAUUUGAAAUGGUUCAGAAAUGUUGACUGUUUAUCCUUCGGGAUCUAUCAACAAUUGCCAAGCUUUUCUUGGCAGCAAUGCAAUUGCCAAUGCUUUUUUCUGCAAGAUCCCACCUUUUGGCCCUGAAAUCAGCCGUUCUUCUUCACCCAGAUCACGAAUUCCCCGGAUGAAUUCGACAUGUUACCAUUCGUCUUUCUCUCCGAAAGAUCGUAGUCAACUAAAGAGAUGGAUGUGUCGUUCAAGCAGUUCCAUCUCGCCGGAUGAUGAGUACCGUUCAUCCCGAAACAUAGCCAUAAGUCUGUUAAGGCGAUACAGAAGUGUGAUUGACCGUGGUGCAGGCAAUACCCUAAAGGAAUUCAUAUCUGCCGGUGUGAACGCAUAUGCACUUGGAUGCACCGAUGAAGGUUUAAGAAAAGAACUUAAUGCUAUAAAGGAGUCGGGUAUGGAGAUCGAAGGAAUGGAGAGUGACAGCGGAAGCACGAGAACCAAAUCCAUAAUUUCCGUGGAUGAGGUGGAUGAGUGUAUACUGUGGCUGAGCAUCGUGUUCAUCACGAUACUGUGUACACCUCAGCCAACGAUAGUCAGAUGGUCCUCGACUCCCCCAGUCUCCGACGAUAUCCAGCGCGAAUGGAGAGGCUUUUGUGCAGUCAUAGCUAAUGCUUAUUACCUGAGGGGAAUGGCUUGGCUUCCGGUGAAGACUCUUCAGUUGGAGCAGAUGGCGGUGACGGGACGAGCCGAGGAGCCGUCGGUCGUUGCAAGCAGAAUGCGUCUUGUCUUCAGCACUCUUGAGGUUGUGAGUCCACAAUGGCCAAGAGUUUAGAUCUUUGGGGGGAAUAAAUCCGUGGAAGAACCUGUUUUUAUUAUUGGAUCUUUCAAUGUUAUAUCGUUCAUUGUGUAUAAAUAAAAUAUACUGUGUUUUCCACUAUUUUUCAUUUU